AUGGGAGAUUCGGAAAAGUCACCACUCAUGUUUCUCGAGUCCGGAUGGACGGGUUCCCGCGUUUGGGGCCUUAAAGCGACUGAGGACUCAGCUGAUCAUGCCAAAUCGCGAAAUCCCGCAGAGGAUGAUUGUAAAGACAGGGAGCGUGUGCGACAGAGGCAAAUUGAAUGGGAGGGCUUUGUCGCAUAUGCCGAGCUUCAGGAGCGUGAGCUUCAUAAGUUGUUCUUUGAGCUGGACUCAAAUCAUGAUGGCAUGUUGGACAGGUAUGAGAUCCAAACAGCGCUAGAGCGGGCCGGAAUUCGGGCGACCCCUGCAAUUCUAGAAGACUUUAUUGCCAGUUUGGCUUCGUCGGGCGUGCAAGAUGUGAAAGAAUUGCACGGCCGCGACUUGUAUGUGACAUUUCCAGAAUUUCGUGAUUAUCUUUUGCUCUUGCCUCGCCGACCAACAACGUCUGAAAUUUUUCAUUUCUAUCAGGUCCGAAAAGUUGUUGGAUUGUUUGGCUCGGGAGGCAUUUUCGCCGAGCUAGGAGCCAACUUUGGAAAGACAGCACGGGGAGUUACAUCCGUCAACUUCGAUGGAGAUGUUAGUCUCAUGGGCGAAUUAUCUACGCCCCCAGAAACAAAAACAAGCGCAACAGGACCAUCCUCUACCUCCUCUUCGACUUGUACGUCCAAGAAGGGCGAAUCGUCUGAUUCUCCUCCGGGCAGUCAGUCCCAACGAUUUUCUAAAGACAUGAUUCAGCUUGACGUGGCAUUCAAGUUUCUUCUCGCUGGUGGAUUCGCAGGUGCCGUAAGCCGUACAGCUACGGCACCAUUUGAUCGGUUAAAGAUAUACCUAAUUACAUCACAAUCUGCCAAGACUAGUAGCUCAUCUAGCGGUGCAGCGCGAUCGAAUUUGGGUGCGCUCUCGCAGAGUUUGUCUAUGAUAUAUCGCGAGGGUGGAUUGCGGGGCUUUUGGCUAGGCAAUGGACUAAAUUGUAUGAAAAUCAUUCCCGAAUCCGCUAUUAAAUUCUUCACAUAUGAAUGUAUGAAACGCUUGUUUGCAAAGUAUGUGGACGGUGUCACAGAUUCCCGCGAUGUGAGCGGCAUGAGCCGUUUCAUUAGCGGUGGGAUUGGGGGCAUUACGUCGCAAUUAUCGAUCUACCCCAUUGAAACGCUCAAGACGCGUCUCAUGUCUAGCAUGUCGAAUCCUGGUCACAUUCGGGGCAUGAAACUACUUUUCGCUACAGCCCGCCAAAUGUCGGUGAAUGGCGGCUUCCGCGCAUACUACCGUGGCUUGGGCGCUGGUUUAGUUGGUGUCUUUCCUUACUCAGCUAUUGAUAUGUCGACGUUCGAGGGCAUCAAACUAUUUUAUUUGCGGUACACAGGUAAAGACGAACCCGGCGUCCUAUCUCUUCUGGCAUUCGGCAGCAUAUCUGGAAGCAUCGGCGCUGCGACUGUAUAUCCCCUCAACUUAGUCCGUACGCGCCUCCAAGCUUCUGGGACUCCUGCACAUCCAACUGUGUAA